AUGACUUUUGUCUGGCUCAAUGGCCUACUUCCUACCACCACCAAGCCCAACACCACCAAACCCUACACCACCAAGCCCUACACCACCAAGCCCUACACCACCAAGCCCUACACCACCAAGCCCUACACCACCAAGCCCUACACCACCAAGCCCUACACCACCAAGCCCAACACCACCAAACCCUACACCACCAAGCCCCACACCACCAAGCCCUACACCACCAAGCCCUACACCACCAAGCCCUACACCACCAAACCCUACACCACCAAUCCCCACACCACCAAACCCUACACCACCAAGCCCUACACCACCAAGCCCUACACCACCAAGCCCUACACCACCAAGCCCUACACCACCAAGCCCUACAGACCCGAUGUCUCACACCCAUCCACUCACCGUACCAUCGCAGCCAGCGCAACAGCGACCUACUUUACACGCCAGACCAGCUAA